AUGCCGGGACCGGUCUUCUCUGCACAUCGCCUCGUGGCGCUAUGUGUUUUCGUCUUCUUCAUGUCUGUUUUCAUCUAUUCGGCGGCGAGCAUACAUGGCAACAACCCCUUGCAGCAGAUUAAGGAUACAGCGGGUGACGCCGCCAACAGCGCUACGCAUAUGUUCAAGCAUGAACAACUCACAAUGAGCGAGUCUUUCCUUCACCUUUACGAGUCGAUACGCACGAAUAUCUCAGCAGAGGCAUACAUGGAUGCUUCUGGGCAAGAGUACAAGAUCAACGAGCAAGGGCCGUGGUGGAAGGAGCCCUUGCGCAACGAGAUCCUCAUUGUCGAUAUCGACACCCGUAUUCCGGAUGGCGACAACGAGCUCUGGAACAGCGAACGCGUGGAUUGGGCCAACAUGAACGCCGAAAAGGAUGGCGGCAUGAUGUCUGCCUCGUUCAUGAACCAUUUCCUCUACUCCCAAAUCCACGGCUACGACUACCGCUUCUUUAACGCGCGCUCUAUGGAGAUCCAAGGCUACCAUAACACCUGGGUGAAACCGCACGUCCUAUCCGAACUUCUCGAGUCAUACCGCUUCGUAGUUUUUGUCGACGCCGACGCCACAAUCCAGCACCUCGAACUCCCCAUCGAAUGGCUCUUCAACCGCUGGGGCAUUACACCCUCAACCUCCAUCGCGAUGCCGCUCGACACCAGGCAAGUGCUCGACGGCGAUGAUAACGCUUCCAAUGACAGCAAAGGCAAACUCGCACUCAACACCGGCGUUGUCAUCGCGCAAGCACUACCGCAUACAUUCAAGAUGAUGGAGGCUUGGAAGGAGUGCCCCAGCGAGAAGCAGUACCCCGGGUGCGCUCACUGGAAGCAAGAGUGGAGCCACGAGCAGAGAGCGUUCUCGGAGUAUAUUCGUUGGGACUACAACCCGUCUGGCAAAGAGAUCAUCGAGAUUCCGUGUGAUGAUGCUAUGGGAUACCCUGGGAUCAAUAGGCAUCCCCAUAUUCUGAGUAAAUGCGCUGGCACAUUUCUCAGGCACCACACUAUUGAUAAGGCAAUGACGAAGAAGAGCACCGAGGAAGCGAUGUUGCAGUCUAUGACAGAUGUAAUGCACAAGAUGCUGCAAAGCAACAAAGAGAAGUUCUGGAUCAAGGAAGAAGAGCAGACGAAGGCUACUAGAAAUACAGCUGGUGACGAGCCGGUCAUCCCGGCGUCAAGGGCUUGA